UGCGCGCCGGUUUAAAGCCCUUACAAAUCGGGCCAAGCAUCGGAACACGGAGGAACCGGGGCAGCUGUAAAAAAAAUAAAUAAAAUCGGGACCGCUGCAAUGGACCGGAGUUCGAAAAGACGACAAGUGAAGCCUUUGGCCACUUCCCUCCUAGAAGCACUGGAUUAUGAUAGCUCAGAUGACAGUGAUUUUAAAGUUGGAGAUGCCUCAGAUUCCGAAGGUAGUGUGAUUGGCAGUGACGAUGCAUCAAAGGAUAGUGGAGAAGGAUCCAGCAGUGAUUCCGAAGGGAAUAUAAUGGAGGAUGCAAUACCAACAGCUGCAGUUGAGCAAGAACAAAGCAAAGUAGAAGUUGUUCCCACGAGUCAUCCUGAAAAUGAAGAUCAUGCUGUCGAGGAAGGAGUAACGGGAGACGAUAGCAAAAAAGAUGAUACUGAUAAAUCUUGCAAGAAAAAAGAAAGAGUCUCAGAAGUUGAUGUUAGCACAGAUGAUCAAACCAAUGAGCCCAAGAAAUGGAAUUUACGCAGAAAUAGGCCUCUGCUGGAUUUUAUCACAAUGGAAGAGUUAAAUGCAAUGGACGAUUAUGACAGUGAAGAUGACAAUGACUGGCGGCCUGCUAUGGUCAGGAAAAAAGGGAGAACUUCCUCUCAAGGUGAAGGAAGUGAUGGGGAAGAUGAUGACGAAGAGGAUGGAAGUGAAGAAGAAUCUACUCAUCAUGCAGGCAAUGAGGACAACAGUAGCAGUUCCAGUGAAGAAGGGAAGAAAAAGAAAAUCAAACUUACCGGUAGAAAUAGUGGAGAUGAGGAAGAAUUGACAAAUGACAGCCUGACAUUGUCUCAGAGCAAGAGUAAUGAGGAUUCCCUAAUUCUAGAGAAAAGUGAGAAAUGGACUUCCCAGAAGAUGGACCAUAUUUUAAUUUGUUGUGUCUGCCUUGGGGAUAACAGUGAGGAUGCUGAUGAAAUCAUCCAGUGUGACAAUUGUGGCAUUACUGUACAUGAAGGCUGCUAUGGUGUUGAUGGAGAAAGCGAUUCAAUCAUGAGCUCUGCUUCGGAAAAUUCGACAGAACCUUGGUUCUGUGAUGCUUGCAAAUGUGGUGUUUCACCCAGCUGUGAACUGUGCCCUAACCAGGAUGGGAUAUUUAAAGAGACAGAUGCUGGCAGGUGGGUCCACAUAGUAUGCGCAUUGUACGUCCCAGGUGUAGCCUUUGGAGACAUUGACAAAUUACGUCCAGUAACACUAACGGAAAUGAACUACUCAAAAUAUGGUGCUAAGGAAUGUAGCUUUUGUGAAGAUCCUCGAUUUGCCAGGACCGGAGUCUGUAUCAGCUGUGAUGCAGGGAUGUGCAGAGCUUACUUUCAUGUGACUUGUGCCCAGAAGGAAGGUUUGCUUUCAGAAGCUGCUGCCGAAGAGGAUAUUGCAGAUCCUUUUUUUGCAUACUGCAAGCAACACGCGGACCGAUUUGACAGAAAAUGGAAAAGAAAAAACUACUUGGCCUUGCAGUCUUACUGUAAAAUGUCCUUGAAAGAGAGAGAAAAGCAGCUAGCACCAGAGGCACAGUCCCGCAUCAACACAAGAUUGCAGCAGUAUCGUGUAAAGUCAGAGUUGGCUCGUACUACAAGACCUCAAGCAUGGGUGCCAAGAGAGAAGCUGCCUCGGCCACUUACAAGCAGUGCAUCUGCUAUACGUAAACUUAUGCGUAAAGCAGAACUGAUGGGCAUUAGCACAGAUAUAUUCCCAGUUGACAAUUCAGACACAAGCUCCAGUGUGGAUGGCAGAAGGAAACACAAGCAACCUGCUUUGACUGCUGACUUUGUUAACUACUAUCUUGAAAGGAACAUGCGUAUGAUGCAGUUGCAGGAAAGUAUGGCUGAACAAAAAAGUAUAAAAGACAAGCUAGAAAAUGAACAAGAAAAGCUUCACAUUGAAUAUAACAAGUUUUGUGAAUCCUUAGAUGAUCUGCAAAAUGUGAACAGCAAUUUGAGAAACGAAGGGCAGAACUUGUGGGUUAUGAUGAGCAAGAUUGUUGGACAGAAGCCAAAUAUUCCGGUAAUUCUGCGGGCACCAAAAGAGAGAAAACCGAGCAAAAGGGAAGGAGGCACACAGAAGACUUUGCCAUUGCCGGCAGUGCUGUACAGCUGUGGAAUCUGUAAGAAGAACCAUGAUCAACACCUCCUUCUGCUCUGUGAUACAUGUAAGCUCAACUAUCAUCUUGGAUGUUUGGAUCCUCCAUUAACAAGGAUGCCUAAAAAAACAAAAAACAGCUAUUGGCAAUGCUCUGAAUGUGACCAGGCUGGUAGCAGUGAUCUAGAUGCAGAUUUUGCCAUGGAAACAUUGCCAAAUGGAACCAAGAGAUCAAGACGGCAGAUUAGGGAACCUAUAAAAUUUGUUUCACAGGAUGGGCCACAAGACACCAAAAAACCUCCACUGAGAAGUACGAAGAAUUGUUAUAGAGGCAGGAGAAAAAGCGCCCAGUUACAGUUUGAAGAGUCAGAGGAGCUCAAGAAAGAAAAAGUAGCCGGUGACCCUACUAGGCCUGAGCUACACAAAGAACACUCUCAACGCAGCGAUCUUUUGUCGAGAACCAGAGGGCAAAAACGAAAAAGAAGCUUCAUGCUUGAAGACGAAAAGCUUGAGGAGCGUAUUCCAAGAGAAAGAAGGAGAAGGCAACCUAUGGCAUUGCAUAAAAAGCCCAAGUCAGAGGAUUUAAGGACAGAAUGUGCUUCAUGUAAAGGGACUGGAGACAAUGAAAAUCUAGUAAGGUGUGAUGAAUGCAGACUCUGCUACCAUUUUGGCUGUCUGGACCCUCCUUUGAAAAAGUCUCCUAAACAGACAGGGUAUGGAUGGAUUUGCCAAGAGUGUGACUCUACAUCAUCCAAAACAAUCUCUCAAAUUGCUGCAGGCUCAUCUCAAUCUGCAGCCACAAGGAAGAUGAAAAUGAAAAUGAAAAGGCAGAGGCAGGGUCGCCACAGCAGCUAAGCACGGAAUCAGACCAUGAGAAAAAAUGAAUGUUUUUCAUCGUACUAGGUCUAAACUCUUGGGAACAGAUUUUGAAAUUUAUUUUAAGAAAGCAUCAAAACAUUUCAACAUUUAACAGUGUUCCUCAACCUUUGUAUUCUCCGGUACCACUAUUAAAUUAUUUUCAUUGUAUAGAAACAACAUUUUUACUGAGAUAAACCACAAUAGCAACUAUUCCCUAAGAAACACAAUUCAUUUCUUAUAUUAGACAGGUAUUGAAGUACCCUUUGACCCUGUUAAAUAUACCAAAGGUUGAGAAACUCUACACUAAAACUAAUUUUAAAACUCUGUGUGUUUCUGAAUAUUUAGGGUAGGCAUAUAUAUUUUUGUUUUAUUUCGUAUCGAUAUUCACUAUUAAACACUUUGCAGUGAAUGUUUGAUAUAACACAUUUUGCUACUUUAUGUUUUAAAAUGUGUUUGACACAUAUACUAUUAGUAAAAUGUAUAAGAACUGCAACUUGAGCGAUAGUGAUGCUCGCAUUUUAUAUUUUAUAUCUUUAAAAUGCAAGAGGAAUAUUAGUUUUCCAAAAUGUACUGUUUAUAGCUUAACAUUUCACAUGGUAUAUCUGUUAUGAUUAAUGCUAGCUAUCUGUUUUGAGUAUAAAACCAGAAGCAGUAGACGCUUUGGAAAUAGGUGGUGUGGGGGCCACCCAGAUAAUUUUAUAUAUCUGCUCAUCUAAUUAGUAGUUAAAAGCCAUACCUAUAAUCACUACUGUAUCUUUGCAUGGUUUUAUCAGUCAGCAAAGACAAUGUAAUGUUUAGUGUUUUGCAUGUUGUUUAUUUUCUAAAUAUGUGCUAUGAAUUUUGUAACAGUUGUGUGACUUUAGUAGCAUUAUUCCUUAUCCAUUAACUGUAAAUUUUGAACACAAGCAUAAGA